CGGCCGCGGCCCCGGCUCGCUGCCCGCCCCGGCGGGGAGGGAGGGAGGCUGCGGCGCCGCGCGGGAUUGGCCGGGCGCGGGGCGGCGGUGACGGCGGGGCUGCCUGGCCGGGCGCUCUGCAGCGCGCACCGGGCCUGGCCGCUGCGGGAGCCGGCGCCGGACGUUAACGCUCCCCGAUGGCCAGCGGAGCAGCCGAGCUGGAGAACAUGGAGGUCCAACCGCAGAACAACAACACCCGCUGGGAGAACACGGACAACCAGGCCUGGGACGACACCACGGCCACCGCCAAGCUGUUCGAGUGCUCCCGCAUCAAAGCCCUCGCCGAUGAGCGUGAGGCCGUGCAGAAGAAAACCUUCACCAAGUGGGUGAACUCGCACCUGGCCCGGGUGUCCUGCCGCAUCAGCGACCUCUACGCCGACCUCCGCGACGGCUACAUGCUGACCAAGCUGCUGGAGGUGCUGUCCGGGGAGCAGCUGCCCAAGCCGACGCGCGGGCGCAUGCGGAUCCACUCGCUGGAGAACGUGGACAAGGCCCUGCAGUUCCUGAAGGAGCAGCGCGUGCACCUGGAGAACGUCGGCUCGCACGACAUCGUGGACGGAAACCACCGCCUGACGCUGGGGCUCAUCUGGACCAUCAUCCUGCGGUUCCAGGUGCGAGGGGCCGGCGAGGCCAGCGCCCGGGCGGGCGGGCGGGCGCUCGGGGGAAAGCCAGAGAUCAUCGACUUCAGCAAACUCACCAAGUCCAACGCUAUGUACAACCUGCAGCAGGCCUUCAACUUGGCCGAGCAGCAGCUGGGCCUGACCAAGCUGCUGGACCCGGAAGACGUGAACAUGGAGAACCCGGACGAGAAGUCCAUCAUCACCUACGUUGUCUCUUUCUACCACUACUUCUCCAAAAUGAAGGCCCUCGCAGUGGAGGGGAAGAGGAUUGGGAAGGUGCUGGACCAGGCGGUGGAGAUCGAGAAGCUCAUGGAGCGGUACGAGCUGCUGGCAGCCGAGCUGCUGGCGUGGAUCGAGCGCACCGUCGGCAUCAUCAGCAACCAGAAGUUCGCCAACUCCCUGGCCGGGGUGCAGCAGCAGCUCCAGGCCUUCACCACCUUCUGCACCCUGGAGAAGCCGGUCAAAUUCCAGGAGAAGGGGAACCUGGAGGUCCUGCUGUUCAGCAUCCAGAGCAAACUGCGGGCCCAGGGCCGCAAACUCUACGUGCCCAGCGAGGGCCGGGGCAUCGCGGACAUCAACAAGGCCUGGGCCCGGCUGGAGAAGGUGGAGCACGAGCGGGAGGUGUCGCUGCGCAACGAGCUCAUCCGGCAGGAGAAGCUGGAGCUGCUGGCCCAGCGCUUCGACCACAAGGCCGGCAUGCGGGAGGCCUGGCUCGGCGAGAACCAGCGGCUGGUGGCGCAGGACAACUUCGGCUACGACCUGCCGGCGGUGGAGGCCGCCAUGAAGAAGCACGAGGCCAUCGAGGCGGACGUCUCGUCCUACGAGGAGCGCAUCCAGGUGGUGGUGGAGCUGGCGCUGGCCCUGGAGGCCGAGGGUUACUACGAUGUGCGGCGCAUCAGCGCCCAGAAGGGCAGCAUCUUGCGCCAGUGGGGGCUGCUGACCGAGCUGGUGGGCGCCCGGCGGGCCCGCCUGGAGCAGAGCCUGGCCCUGCAGACCAUCUUCCAGGAGAUGGUUUACAUGAUCGACUGGAUGGAGGAGAUGCAGGCCCCGCUGCUGUCGAGGGAGGUGGGGAAGCACCUGCUGGAGGUGGAGGACCUGCUGCAGAAGCACGCCCUGCUGGAGGCCGACGUGGCUGCCCAGAGCGAGCGGGUGCAGGCGCUCAACCAGGCCGCCCUGAAGUUCUGCGAGCUGGCGGGUUACCAGCCCUGCGACCCCCAGAUCAUCCGCAACCGUGUGACCCACGUGCAGACGUGCCUGGAGGAGCUGUGCCAGCGGGCGGCCCAGCGGCGCACGGAGCUGGAGGCCUCCCGCCACCUGUGGGCCUUCUUCCAGGAGCUGGAGGAGGCCGAGGCCUGGGUGCGGGAGAAGGAGCAGAUCCUGGCCUCCAAGCCGUGCGGCAAGGACCUGAGCAGCGUGCUGCAGCUGAGCGGGCAGCACAAGGUGAUGCUGGGGGAGCUGGGCGGGCGCCGGGCCCUGCUGCACCAGGCCGUGAAGAAGGGGGAGCAGCUGGUGGCCACCCAGGGCCCCGGCACAGCCCGGCUGCAGGAGAAACUGCGGGAGGUGCGGCAGCGCUGGAAGAAGCUGGAGGAGGUGACGGGGACGCACCAGCAGAAGCUGCAGGAGGCCUUGAGCUUCUACCAGUUCAGCGCCGAGACGGACGACCUGCUGGCCUGGCUGCAGGACACCUACCGCCUGGCCUCCAGCGACGACUUCGGGCACGACGAGUACUCCAGCCAGGCGCUGCUCCGCAAGCACGCCACCGUGGCGCAGGAGCUGGAGCGGCACCGGGCGCCCGUGCUGGCCCUGCGCGCCCAGCUGGCCCGGCUGGCCCCCCAGCACCACCAGGUGGUGGACGUGCAGAUCCGCAUCGUGGAGGUGGAGCAGCUCUACGGGGAGGUGGCCGAGGUGGCCGUGCUGCGGCACCAGUGGCUGCAGGACGCCCUGGCCGUGUACCGCAUGUUUGGCGAGGUCCACGCCUGCGAGGGCUGGCUGGACGAGAAGGAGCAGUGGCUCUCCGGGAUGCACGUGCCACAGGAGCUGGAGGACGUGGAAGUGGUGCAACACAGGUUUGAGAGCCUGGACCAGGAGAUGAACAGCGUGAUGGGGCGCAUCCUGGACGUGAAUGAGACCGUGCAGCAGCUGGUGGAGGGUGGCCACCCCAGCGCGUCCGAGGUGCAGUCCUGUCGGGACCACCUGAACGGCAGGUGGAACCGGGUGGUGGAGCUGGUGGAGCAGAGGAAGGACCAUCUCGGCUCCGUCCUGACGAUCCAGAACUACCUCCUGGAGUGCACCGAGAUCAAGGCGCAGAUCCGGGAGAAGCGCCGCGCCGUGGAGGCCAGCCAGUACAGCAGCGGCGACCUGGGUGGCGUCCUGGCCUUGCAGCGCAAACUCUCCACCAUGGAGGCGGCCCUGGUGGUGCUGGAGCCCAAGCUCCUCGAGCUGCAGCAGGAGGGCGAAGCCUUGGCCACCGCCCACCCGGCCCAGGCGCUGACCGUCCUGCUGCACUUCGAGGAGAUCAGCGAGGAGUGGGAGGCCUUGAAGAGGACCCUGCAGGGCUGCGAGGACUCGCUCUCCGUGGCCAGCCGGCUGCAGCAGUUCAUCCAGGACCUGGACAACUUCCUGACCUGGCUGGUGAAGACUCAGGCGGCCGUGGCCUCGGAAGAGCUGCCCAGCAACCUGGCGGGGGCGGAGCGGCUGCUGAGCCAGCACACGGCCCUCAAGGAGGAAAUCGACCGCUACGAGGAGGACUACACCAAGAUCCAGGCGGCCAGCGACCUGCUGGCCCUGGAGGAAGCCGACGUGCCCUGCCUCUCGCUCCAGCAGUGGCUGCAGAAACUGGACGUGGGCUGGAACAAGCUGCUGCAGAUGUGGGAGAGCCGGCGGGAGGCGCUGGUCCAGGCGCACAUCUUCCACCUUUUCCUGAGGGACGUGCAGCAGGCCGAGGCCUGUCUCCGCAACCAGGCGUCCACCCUGGCCCACGCGGAGCUGCCCACCACGAUGGAGGCGGCGGAGAAGGCCAUCAAGAAGCACAAGGAUUUCAUAACCACCAUGGAGCUGAGCGUGCCGAAGACGACGCUGGCCCUGCGGGCCGGGGAGAGCCUGGUGCGCCAGGGCAGCCCCUACAGCGAGCGCGCCCAGGAGGAGAUGGCGGCGCUCAGAGACAAGAGCCACCAGAACUUCCAGCUGGCCCAGGAGUGGAUGCAGCAGCUGAACGAUCACUGGGAUCUGCAGCGUUUCUUGCAGAACUGUCAGGAGCUCGCCGGCUGGAUGCGGGAGAAGCGGCUCAUGGCCGGGGACCAGGCGGCCAAGCCCCAGGCGCGGUGGCUGCGGCACCAGGAGUUCCGGGCCCAGCUGGCGCAGAACCGCGAGUGGCUGCACAAGAUCGAGCAGGAAGGCCAGCAGCUCCUUGAGGAGAAGCCGGAGCUGGCCGGCUCGGUGAAGAGGCAGCUGGAGGAGAUCCGGCAGUGCUGGGGGGAGCUCGAGAGCACGGCGCAGGCCAGGGCCCAGCACCUCCUGGAGGCCAGCAAGGCGGAGCAGCUGGUGCAGAGCUACGCGGACCUGGACAAGAGGCUGGUGAACAUGGAGGGGCAGCUGCAAGCUGUGGAUGCUGGCGCCAGCCUGGCCACCGUCAACAACCAGCUGAAGAAACUCCAGACGAUGGAGUCGCAGAUGGAGGAGUGGUACAAAGAGGCCGGGCAGCUCCAGGCGCAGCUGGCCUCCCUGCCCCUGGAGCCGGCCAGCAAGGAGGCGGUGGACGAGAAGCAGAACGCGGUGGGGACGCGGAUUGUCCGCCUCAUCGAGCCCCUGAAAGAGAGAAGGAGGAUCCUGCUGGCUUCCAAGGAGGUGCAUCAGGUCUGCCGUGACCUGGAGGACGAGAUCAGCUGGGUCCAGGACCGGCUGCCGCUCGCCACCUUGCGAGACCACGGGAGCAAUCUGCAGGCAGUGCAGCACUUCAUCAAGAAGAACCAGAACCUGCGGCGUGAGCUGCAGGUGCACCAGCCCCGGGUGGACGAGGUGCUGGAGCGGGCGGGCGCCCUCGCCUCCAUCAAGAGCCCCGAGGUGGACGGGGUGCGGCUGCUGCUGGAGAAGCUGCGGGAGCUGUGGGGGGCGCUGGGGGAGCAGACGGAGCAGCGCCAGCACCUGCUGGACGCCACCUACCAGGUGGAGCAGUAUUACUUCGACGUGGGCGAGGUGGAGGCCUGGCUCGGCGAGCAGGAGCUGCUGCUGCUGAACGAGGAGAAGGGCAAGGACGAGCAGAGCACCUUGCAGCUGCUGAAGAAGCACCUGGUGCUGGAGCAGAGCAUUGAGAACUACGAGGAGACCAUCGCCCAGCUGUCCCGCCAGUGCCGCGCCCUGCUGGAGCUGGGCCACCCCGACAGCGAACAGAUAAGUAGGCGGCAGUCUCAGGCUGACCGGCUCUACGUGUCUCUGAAGGACCUGGUGGAGGAGCGCAAGGCCGGGCUGGAGCAGCAGUACUGGCUGUACCAGCUGAGCCGCGAGGUGGACGACCUGGAGCACUGGAUCGCCGAGAAGGAGGUGGUGGCCGGGUCGCCGGAGCUGGGCCAGGACUUCGAGCACGUCACGGUGAGCGAGGCGCCCGCGGACGGGCGCUGGGGACGAGGGGACGCAUCUCAGCCCCCGCGCCCCACACCAGAGGGGACGCAUCUUAGCCCCUGCGCCCCACCCCAGAAGCAGCUGCAUUGCAGUGCCAGGUGCAGUGAUCCUUGUGCCCAGGGCCCAGCCCCAGGGCCGCUCCGCUCAGCCCCCAUUCCCCAGCAGGUGCGGCAGCUGCAGGAGGGGGCGGCCCAGCUGCGCACAGUGUACGCCGGGGAGAACGCCGAUGCCAUCGCCACCAAGGAGCAGGAUGUGCUGCGGGCGUGGAAGGAGCUGCUGGGCUCGUGCGAGGCGUGCCGGCUGCAGAUCACCACCACCACCGACAAGAUGCGCUUCACCAGCAUGGUGCGCGACCUCAUCUCCUGGAUGGACGGCGUCAGCUGCCAGAUCGGUACUGGCGAGAAGCCCAGGGACGUGUCCUCGGUGGAGGUGCUGAUGAACUAUCACCAGGGUCUGAAGAGCGAGAUCGAAGCCCGAAGCCAGAGCAUCGCGGCCUGCGUGGAGCUGGGCAAGACCCUAGUGCUCAACAGAAGCCCCGUGGCCGAGGAGAUCAAGGGCCACAUGGAGAGGCUGAUGACCAAGAAGAAGGAGCUGACUGACAAGUGGGACAAGCACUGGGAGUGGCUGCAGCAAAUGCUGGAAGUGCACCAGUUCGCGCAGGAGGCCGUGGUGGCCGACGCCUGGCUCACGGCCCAGGAGCCCCUGCUGAAGAGCCGACAGCUCGGCAGCAGCGUGGACGAGGUGGAGCAGCUGAUCCGGCGCCACGAGGCCUUUCGCAAGGCGGCCUCCACCUGGGAGGAGAGAUUCAGCUCCCUGCGGCGCCUCACCACGCUAGAGAAGCUGAAGGCCGAGCAGAGCAAGCAGCCAGCCACACCACUCCUGGGACGCAAAUUCUUGGGGGAGCCCAGCGAGCCGGGCCUCAAGGGCCCCUCGCUGCUGCGCCAGGCCGAGGCAAAGCUGGAGCGGCAGGACCUGCUGCGGGGCCGGCCCCAGGCUCCGGCCCUCCCCAGCGGGGGCCCCGGGGAGCCCGCGGAGGCGCUGGAGCUCAGGGUGGCCUACGUGCGGCAGGAGAUGAAGCCGGAGCGGCUGCAGCCCCGGCUCGACCGCGUGCAGGAGGGCCUGGCUGUCGGCGCCGAGAGGCUGAGGGAGGCGAAGGCGGCGGCUGAGGAGAGGCUGGAGGCCAAGCCGAGCCAGCACCUGCAAGUGCCCGUGGCAGGCACGGUGCUGGCGGAGCCGGCCCAGGUCAGCCGUGCUGAGACGCAGCCGGAGCAGCCGCGGGAGCAGCGUCCGGAGCCCAGCGAGCAGGAGACGCUGCGCCACGAGCAGGCGGAGAGGCGCCGGGAGCGGCACGAGCGGCGCCUGGAGCGGCAGGGGUCCAGCGAGCAGGAGACGCCCCGGCACGAGCUGGCGGAGAGGCGCCGGGAGCGGCACGAGCGGCGCCUGGAGCGGCAGGAGUCCAGCGAGCAGGAGACGCCCCGGCACGAGCAGGCGGAGAGGCGCCGGGAGCGGCACGAGCGGCGCCUGGAGCGGCAGGAGUCCAGCGAGCAGGAGACGCCCCGGCACGAGCCCAAAGGGGGCGGCAAGACCACGCUGGCGGAGAUCGUGGAGCAGCUGCAGGAGAAGGAGUCGGCCGCGCAGGUGCCGGCCCCGCCCCGCGACUCCCCCGCCCGCCUGCCCAACGGCAUCGACCUGCUUCCCGAGAGGACGCCGCGCCCGGACCGGCCCCGGGCCCGCGACAGGCCCAAGCCCAGGAGGAGGCCGCGGCCCAGGGACCCCAGCCAGCCCCCGGGGGAGAGCCGCAGGUCCCGCUCGGCGCCGGCCCAGAGCAGCGCCCCACCCCCUCCACCCCCCACCUACACCGUCCAGCUGGAGGGCUUCCUCUUACGCAAGCACGAACUGGAGGGGCCCAACAAGAAAGCCUCCAACAGGUCCUGGGUAAACCUGUACUGUGUCCUGAGCAAAGGGGACCUGGGCUUCUAUAAGGAUGCCAAGGGGCAGGCGUCGGGCAGCACCCACGGUGGGGAGCCGCUGGUCCCCCUGCACCAGGCCACCAGCCAGGUGGCCAGUGACUACAAGAAGAAGAAGAACGUCUUCAAGCUCAAGACCGGUGACGGGAACGAGUUCCUGCUGCAGGCCAAGGACGAGGAGGAGAUGAAGAACUGGCUCCAGGCGCUGGCUGCCUCCGCCGAGGAGCACGCCGAGAUCGCCCGCUGGAGCCAGGCGCUGCUCACCACUUCCUCCACCGACGAGGGCAACCCGCGGCGGGAGAGCGACCGGCGGGCCAGCACCUCCGGCAGGAAGAAGUGAGGCGGGCGGGGCAGAGUGCCGGGGGCUGAGAGCAGAGCCACGCCGCCCCACCGUCUGCAGCCUCCCUCCGCGCCACGCACCGAGCCAGCCCCUCCGUCUGCACCCGUCCCGGACAGCCCCUGGACAUGGGUGCCCCCGCACGCCCGCUGCAGGAAUCUGCGCCCGGGGAGAGGAGAGCCCCGAAACACACUCUGUUUGCAUUCGGUGCCCGGAGGAGCCCAGCCUGUGUCAGCUGGCCCGGCUCCUCACCACGGGAUGAUAUAUGCAAACCCGGCACCGUGUGGGGCUGGGAGGGGAAAUCCACCGGACUCAGAGACUCUGCGCAGUGGGGAAGGGCCUGGCCCACUUCAUUUCAUCCCCUGGGGGGCAUACAGGAGCCUCCCCCUCUCCCUGCGUGGGGUGGGGCCCAGAGAGGGGCGGGCAGUUCUGGUCCCUCCCCGGGCUGCGGGGGCGGGUGCCUGUUUACACCGGCUCAGGAUUUGGCCAAUGCCUUGUGAGUGGGGGAGGGAAGGGGGCAGGGCUGGGGAUGGCCUUCGGGUCCAUAUAAUGGUGUGCUGGCCCCUUAAGACCCAGCCUAGGCCCCCAGGCCCCCGGCCCAGGCUGGGCCAGCCAGGGAUCGUGGGGAAGGGGACUGAGUUCGAGGUUGGGUCGUCCUCGGCCUAGGCCCAGCCUGGGUCGGGACCAGCGUGCUCUGGCCCGUUGCUGGCAAGCAGCUCUCCGUUCUGCCACCACCUCACCUCCCUCUCCGUGGCAGCGCCCGCGACUCUGGAUGGGGCAGGCGUUUGGAGAGGGCAUCCUGCCUCCCUGGCCUGGUCUGUCUCGCUGCAGCCCCGCGCUUGGCAUCUCGUGCCCUGGGGGAGCAGGCUCUCCUGCCGCCCGCAGAGCCCCUGGCCCUGAUGCCGCCGAAGGGUAUCUGAGACUCGCCCCCAGCAAGCCCCUGGUUCCACCUCCCACUCGUGCAUCCCUUUGCACGCCAGCACUUGUGCACACAUGUCCAUGCAUCCUGGGCCUGCUCUUCCCACCUCUGCCGUGUGGGUCAGAACGGCAGCGCUUGGCCGGAUUCCCCCACUUCUCCUGCGGAGCCAGGGGCCCGAGGUCUGGGAGCUGGCCCUGCUGCCCAACCAGGACCCGCUGCGCUCGCUGCUGCCAUGGGCAGGGGCUGGCGGCUGGAGCGUUUGCACAGCCAAGGGUGGAGCUGCUGGGCCCAGGGCCUCUGUACCCCACAGGGCCUGUUCAGCCAUCUGCCCCCAAGCCCACCCUGCAUGUGUCGGGUUUGUGCCUAUGCCCGUGCCAGGCUUGCCCAGCCCCCAUGGAGGAGCCGUCCCUGGCCCCUCUCCACGUGUCCCCACCCCAGGAGCCUUCAGGCCACAGGAGAUCCUGUCCCUGGGGUAGGCAGCAGCCCCCCAGCCCCUGCCCCUUCAAACCCCGCGAGCUCAGGACCAGCCCUUGCCUUGGCCCAGGCGAGAGUUCAGGGGUCCUGGCUGCUGUGGGCUGGGCUCCGGUGCCGACUUCUCCCUCCCCAGUCCCAUUAACAAGCCAUAGUGCUGGGUCUGCACGUGUGUGAGCGGCCUGGCCCCCAACCUCCAGCCCGCUGGGCACAGGGGCCCAGUGGGAAGAGCCGUAGGGUGAGGGGCUCCUCCCACGUCACACGAGGGGCACAUCUUUAUGCAAUAAACGGGCAGGGGCGAGGCUCUGGGGGAGGGGGCAGCAGGUUCUUGGCCAAAGCAGCCCCUGCCUGGCCGCGGUCCCUGGCAGCAGUGCAGAGCCGGGCUGGGGCCCUGGGAGUGACUGGUCAGGGGGUCAGGCCCGUGGGCCGAUUGCUUCAGGAUUCGGGGCCCUGGAGGGCAAAGCGCCGGGAAUGGCUCCAAGGAGCGGCCCCUGCAGGUGGCUGUGCUGGGGCGGGAGCCCAGACGCUCCGUUGGGAAUUGCCCCGGCUGUAGCCAAAGCCGCCUCGCCGGGUUCCCGGCCUGUGGAACGGAGCCUGGGCAGGGGCCAAACCCGGCGUCUUCCAAGAGAAAUAGACAGGGAUUGGGCUGGACUCCAGCUGGCGUCGACCCCAGGGCCCUGGCCACCAGACGGGUGUGGAACCAGCGUUUCCUCUCUCGGGUGGCGCCAGCCGCCGUCUCGGGGGCUGGUUCGUCAGGCAGGGCAGAGCCGGGGGCACUGGGAUCCGGGGCCCAGUUCUCCGUGCCCUGUGCUGCCGGUCAGGAGCAUUUCCCACCCACUCCCCAGCCGCCGUGCAAACCGCCCCCGGCCUUGUGUUGCCCCCCAGCCGUCCCCCUGUUUUAUACCCCAGCCCCCCACCCCUCGCCUCCGUCUAGUGACAUGGGGGAGAAUCAAGACAAAGCCACUUCCCUGCACCGGAGCCGGUUCCCCCUUUGGUCCCCCCCCGGCCGCAGCCCCGGCUUUCGCCGGCGGUCCCGGGAGCUGUACAAUAGUGUCAUUGCUCUAAUGAUGUUUCUCCUCCUGUAUAAAGAAAAUCUGCCCGUGA